UAUGUGAUCUCCUGGAUACAAUCAGGCACACACACACACACAUAAGUACCAGGCACUCCUGUGCAGCCCAGCAAAAUGUCUUUCUCCUGAAGUGCUGCUCAUCACAGCCUCCAGAUCCCUGACGAUGUUGCCAUGCUUCCCUUCCUGCCUCCUGCCUUUUGCUGCCUUUGCCUGCCUGCUUCUCCUGCCCGGGGCUCAUCUCUGCCCUGCUGUUUGUAGCUGUAUGGACUACCACACCAUAGACUGCCGGGAUCAAGGACUCCCAAGUGUUCCCAACCCCUUCCCAUUGGAUGUACGGAAACUUCUGAUAGCUGAUAACAACAUUCAGGCAAUACCAGCUGAUUUCUUUAUAUUUUAUGGAGAUCUGGUCUAUUUGGACUUCAGGAAUAACUCGCUCACCUCUUUAGAAGAGGGCACUUUUAGCAGUUCUACCAAACUGGUGUAUUUAGACUUGAGCUACAAUAAUUUAACCCAGCUCGACGCCGGGACAUUCAGAUCAGCAGAGAAACUGAUCAAACUGAGCCUUGGGAACAACAACCUGGUGGAUGUGGACGAGGCUGCUUUUGAGAACCUGGACCAGCUGCAGGUGCUAGAAUUGAAUGACAACAACUUGCAGAGCCUGAACGUGGCAGCCCUGGAAGCUCUGCCCUCGCUGAGGACCAUCCGCUUGGAGGGCAACCCCUGGGUGUGCGACUGUGACUUUGCCAACCUCUUCAGCUGGAUCCAGGACAAUGCAUCCAAGCUGCAGAAAGGUCUCCAUGAAAUCCAGUGCUCCCUGCCCGUGGAGAACAGAAGGAUCUUCCUGAAUGAGUUAUCUGAGGUCAGCUUCAGUGAAUGCAAAUUCAGUUUGUCCUUGACAGACCUUUUCAUCAUCAUCUUCUCUGGGGUGGCUGUGUCCAUUGCUGCCAUCCUCUCCAGCUUCUUCCUGGCCACCCUGGUGCACUGCUUCCAAAGGUGUGCUCCCAGCAAGGAUGAUGAUGAAGAUGAAGACGACUCUGAGGACUGAACUCAAUCAAAAUCCUUAAUUUUCCUUGGUUUAUCAGUUACCAGAUCAUCAGCCAAAGUCCAUGAGGAUAAAAAAGUAGAGUGAAAGCUUUAAACAUGGUUUAAACUCACAAUGUGUAAGGAUCUCUUCUGCUGGUCACGGGCAGGAAUGGCAGACCUGGGACUGUCACCUCCUCUUGCACAUGUGCUGCAAUCACACCAGGCUGAUUUCCAUGGUCCUUAACCAAACACUGCAUUGAAGCUUGAAGAUUGAAGGAAAAGAGAGGGGAAAAGCCAAAAA